AUGGGUAUAAAGAAGAGAAGAGCAGAACAGAAGGAGAAGGAGGAGGCUAUGGCGGCGAUGAUGCUUAUUUCAGAUGAUAUACUCUCUCAAAUAUUCAUCCGAAUCCAUGAUUGCCAAUCUUUACUCCGAUGUACCGCCGUUUGCAAGGCCUGGUUUUCUGUCAUCAAUUCAGACCACUUUCGCCACCAAAAACAGAAACGAUUAUCAAACAAUCUUCAACAAUCAAAACCAUUUACCCUUUUAUUUAGACAUGGCCACUUUGACAAACUAACAAAACCCUUUCCCUACCAAUAUUUCUCAAAAGAAUCACAGACUCUACAUCAGAAGAACACAAACAACACCAACAUCAUACAUUCUCAGGAUGAUUAUUACCUCAAUUUCUUGCCUUGGCCGGAGUUUCGUUUGCUUUCGGUUACCAACGACUUGCUUCUGCUUUCACGCGAAAGGGGAAAGGAUUUCAUGAUCUGCAAUCCCUUCACCAAACAAUGGAUUGUGAUUCCCAAGACUCCUAUCGACUUAACUGAAGUAUUCGAUUAUAGCGGACACGGUGGGUUGAUUUGCGAAAACAAGGAUGAUAAAUUAUUCAGGUACAGAAUCAUGUUAGUAUGGAGGAAAGUUUAUGAUGAAUCUUACUUAUCUGAUUUUGGUCGAUUAACCUUUUCUUCCGAAACUGGACAAUGGAGUUCAAAUUUUAAUGGUAUUUGGAGAGAAUACUUGCGUGUUCGUACUACGGUGGAUAUCGAAAAACCAUUAAAGAGGAGGAUGAAGCUUUGCAAGGAGAAUGGGAAUUGGAUUUGGGCGAAUUUUAAAUAUGAACAUCUUCCUACCUUUUGCUUUGUUUGUGGAAUCAUUGGGCAUGCGGAUAGAUUUUGUCCUAAACGCUUUGAUCAACCUAUGGAUCAAUUGGUCAAACCGUAUGGUGCGGCGCUACGGGCGGAUCUGAAGAAGAAAAACUACCUCGUUGGUGCUAAGUGGCUUCGGAGUGGGGCCGAGGAGGGUGGUGCGGCGGCUGGCCGUGGUGGUGGGGGGCGUGUGACUGAAGAUCUUCAUGGAGUUAAGGCUAUCCCAAAGAUCAUGGAUGUUGAUUGUGUUGACCAUAUUGGUGAUCAUGAUCCCAUGACUUUAGGGAAGAGUAAAAAGAAAGAAAUAAUUAAGGAAAGUGGGAGGGAGAUUAUGCAAUCGGCUAUAGAUGGAAAUUCUGAAUUUAUGGAAAGUGAUGAUGAUGCAAAUAUUGAGGAAGAUUUGGUUGUGUUAAUGGAAAGUGGGCCAUGGUGUACAGGCCCACCCAUCAUCAUGAGUAUUAUUUCCUGGAAUUGCCAUGGGCUUGGGAACCCGUGGGCUCAACAAUUCUUGAAGGAUCUUGUGGUCCAAAAGAAGCCCAGUUACUUGUUUUUGUGUGAAACUCUUGCUAAAAAAGAUAUUGUUGAAAGAAUUCGUGUGGCGAUUGGUUUUGAAGGAGCCUUGGCGGUGGACUGUCAAGGGAGAAGUGGGGGUGUUGCGUUGUUGUGGAGAGAAGAGGAGGAUGUUCAGGUGCUAGAGUAUGGGUUGUCCUAUAUUGAUGUAGUUGUUUGUGGUAGUGACCAAGGGCAUUGGCGGUUGACGGGAAUAUAUGGUGAGCCGAAUAGAUCAUUACGAAAAAGAACUUGGGACCUUAUAAGGGAGCUAAAAAACAAGUCAAGUUUGCCUUGGUGUAUCAUAGGCGACCUUAAUAAUGUUACUUCUCAAGUGGACAAAAAAGGUGGUCAUCCUUAUCCACGGUGGUUAGUUGAUGGGUUCAAUGAUACAUUGAUGGAUUGUGGUUUACAUGAUCUUGAGCUUUAUGGUUAUCCAUACACUUGGGAGCGAAGUAGAGGUACUCCGGAUUGGGUGGAGGUGCGCAUUGAUCGGGCGAUGGUGACUCAAUCAUGGUUAGAUUUUUUCCCUUUGGCUAAGCUCUUUAAUUUAGAGGUGUCUACUUCGGAUCACACUCCUUUACACUUAGUUUUGAUUAAUGAAGUGGUGGUUGCUAAGAGACAUGUUUUUCGAUUUGAAAAUUCAUGGUUGAAAGAACCUUUGUUUUAUGAGAUUGUUAAAAGUUGUUGGGAUAAUGGUGAGCCGAGGGGUGUUAUGGAGAAGAUCAAGUGUUGUGGUGAUGUUUUAUGGCAUUGGGGAAAAGAUUAUUCGGGGAAUUUUCCUAAGAGAAUAAAAGAUUGUAAGCUUGAGGUUCAAAAGUGGAAGCAGGGCCGUGAUGGGGUGUCGGUUGAGAACUACAAGAAUGCUUCAGCCAACUUGAAUAGUGUGUUGUUGCAACGUGAGAUUUUUUGGAAGCAGCGAAGCAAGCAACUUUGGUUGCGUGAAGGGGAUAGUAAUUCUAAGUAUUUCCAUGCCUCAGCUACUUCUAGAAGACGUCGAAACUCCAUUCAAAAGCUUAAAGACUCAGAUGGUGUUUGGGUGGAUUGGAAAGGGCGUCUCCCUUCGGUCAUGGUGGACUACUUCUCCACGUUGUUUACUGCCUCAGCUGUCUCGGGCCACGAGGUGCUUCAGUGUGUACCUUCGGCGGUUACUAAUGACCAUAACAACCGGUUGUUAGAACCGAUUUCUGAUGAGGAGAUUCGUCGAGCUCUCUUUCAAAUGCAUCCAGAUAAAUCUCCGGGUCCUGAUGGCAUGACGCCGGGUUUUUACCAAAAAUGUUGGAGCACUGUAAGUAAUGAUAUUAUCACUCUUGUUAAGAAUUUCUUUGUUGUUGGUUCUUUUCCAAGAGAGUUAAAUCAUACUAAUAUUGUGCUUAUUCCUAAGAAAAAACAUCCGGAGUCUAUGACUGAUUUGCGCCCUAUAUCUCUUUGUAAUGUGCUUUAUAAAAUUAUUUCGAAAGUGUUAGCCAACCGAUUUAAGGAAGUUUUGCCUGUGGUGAUCUCAAGUCAUCAAAGUGCUUUUCUUCCGGGUCGCUUGAUUUCUGAUAAUAUUAUGGUUGCUUUUGAGAUUAUGCACUAUUUGAAGAGGAAGAGAGUAGGGAAGGAGGGAUUCAUGGCUAUUAAACUUGAUAUGAGUAAGGCAUACGAUCGAGUUGAGUGGAGUUUUAUUGAGAACAUGUUGCUUCGUAUGGGUUUUGCUCAACAUUGGGUUCAGUUGAUCAUGUUUUGUGUGACUACGGUUUCGUAUGAUGUUACUCAUGGUGGUCAUUCUAUGGGGCCGAUUACUACGUCAAGAGGGUUGCGUCAAGGUGAUCCAUUGUCUCCUUACUUGUUUUUGAUCUGUGCCGAGGGUCUUUCUUUGUUGUUGAAGCACUAUGAGAGGCAUCAUUGGUUAACUGGUUGUCGUGUUGCUCGGGGUGCACCUAUGGUUUCUCACAUGCUUUUUGCAGAUGACAGCUAUGUUUUUUGCAAGGCCAAUGAUAAUGAAGCUCAAAGUGUGUUGCGGCUUUUACACAGCUAUGAGCUUGCUUCAGGUCAACAGGUAAAUUUUGCUAAAUCCUCUGUUUUCUUUAGCAAGAAUGUUACCUCGCCUGUGCGUGAUCACUUGUGUGGUUUGAUGCGUUUAAAUGCCGCCUCUGAUGAUAGCUUCUAUUUGGGUCUUCCUUGUAUUAUGGGGAGAAACAAAAAUGCUAUUCUUGGCUUCUUGAAGGAAAAAAUGAAAAAGAAGAUUUUUGGUUGGGAGACUAAGUUCUUGUCUAAAGCUGGUAAAGAAGUGUUGAUAAAGUCUGUGGCUCAAGCGCUUCCUAAUUAUGCAAUGAGUGUUUUUCUCCUAACUCAAGAAAUUUGCACAAGCCUUGAGGGGAUGAUGGCGAAGUUUUGGUGGAGAUCCCAAUCUAAUUCAACUAGUAGAGGCGUGAGUUGGGCUAGUUGGAAGAAGCUUUCUCAACAUAAACACUAUGGUGGUCUUGGUUUUCGUGAUCUUCGGGACUACAAUCUCUCUUUUUUGGGAAAGCAAGGUUGGCGCCUGCUUACUAUGGAGGACACUCUCGUGGCGAGAAUUUAUAAGGCUCGAUAUUACCCACAAGGUUCGUUUCUUAAUGCUGAAUUGGGUUCUAAUCCAAGCUUUAUUUGGAGAAGUAUUUGGGCCGCUCAAGAGCUUGUAAGGGCCGGUGCAAGAAGGGCUAUUGCAAGUGGUUCUUCGGUUAGUAUCUUACUUGAUCCUUGGCUUCCAAAUGAUUCUAAUCCAUAUGUCUUGACAAGUAAUCCUGGUUUAGUUGAUCAAAAUGUUUCGAGUCUGAUGGUUGUUGGGGAAAGAACUUGGGAUAUUGAUCUUCUUAAUGAUAUGUUUGAGGAGAGAGAUAUUCAGUUGAUUCAAAGCAUCCAAUUAUCUACUUCUCGGACUAUAGAUGGGUGGUUUUGGAGCAUGGAGUCCUCGGGCUUCUAUUCACUGCCCGUUCCUCCCAAAGUUCAUCACUUUCUUUGGCGUGCUUGCUCUGGUUGCCUCCCAACUAAGGUACAACUUCACUCUAAACAUGUAAAUGUAGAUCUCUUGUGUCCUUUUUGCAAUAUACAUUUGGAGACUAUUGUACAUGUGUUGUUGGAUUGCCCAUUCUCUCAAUCUUGUUGGGCUCUUUCGGCGGUGAACCAGUUGGCUCCGGGUUCUAGUGCCGAGUUUAGUAGCUGGUUUUUUGAGCUGCUAGCUGAUGGUCGUGAGGAGGUUAGUGUAGAGGCUGCAAUGGUGUGUUGGAGUAUUUGGCAUGCUCGCAACGAAGUGCAAUGGAACCAUAAGUCUCGGUCUGCUUUGGAAGUAGUGAAGUCGGCAAAACAUGUCCUUGGCCAAUGGAAAAUUACUAAAUUUGAAUCACCUAAUGCUUUAUUUGCUAUGGGGGAUAUCUCAAAAAGUAAUUGUUGGCGUAAACCUGAUGAGUAUACGGUCAAGGUGAAUGUCGAUGGUGCGACUUUUGAAGCUCACCAAAAGUUUGGUUUUGGUUGUGUUGCUCGUGAUCACCAUGGUAAGCUUAUUGAAGCUAUUUCUGAGAGUCGUUGGGGUUGUGUUUCUGCAGAUAUAGCUGAGGUCAUUGGCAUCAAGGAGGCGCUUAGUUGGAUAAAGCGCAAGGGCUGUGAUAGGGUGGUUGUUGAGUCUGACGCUUUAGUUGUUGUUCAAGCAAUUAAUAGCUCAGUGCAUAUGCCAUCCCAGUUUGGUUUGUUGGUUGAGGACUGUCGUACUAUUGUUGCUAGUUUGAAUAAUGUCCUUAUUUCUUAUGUUAAUCGAUCUGCAAAUAGGGCUGCCCAUUGUGUUGCUAGGGGGUCUUAUUUAUUGUCAGGUUGUAUUUUUAAUGAGCUAAAUGCUCCGCUUUCUUUGUGUGACAUUGUUAAGGCUGAUGCCUGUUAA